AUCGUGAUUUGUGUUUACCACUCUGGUGAAGGGUGUGAAGACGGUGCAAAGAGUAGAGAGUUAUAAAUAUUUGAAAAUGGUUGAUGACAGCACUCGGAAAACUUUGAGUAGUAUUCCUCUCCUGAAAACGAAGGCAGGUCCGAGAGAUAAAGAUUUAUGGGUACAAAGGCUGAAGGAAGAAUAUAAAUCUUUAAUACAGUAUGUUCAAAAUAAUAAAGAAGCUGAUAAUGACUGGUUUAGACUUGAAUCAAAUAAAGAGGGUACUAAAUGGUUUGGCAAAUGCUGGUUUAUUCACGAACUACUAAAAUAUGAAUUUGAUGUUGAAUUCGAUAUUGCAGUGACUUAUCCCACUACAGCACCUGAAAUUGCCUUACCCGAACUUGACGGAAAAACUGCUAAAAUGUAUAGAGGUGGUAAGAUUUGUUUGAGCGAUCACUUUAAGCCUUUAUGGGCAAGAAAUGUUCCAAAAUUUGGGAUUGGACAUGCAAUGGCUCUUGGGGUUAGUUUUCAUUUGCUUUUUCUGACAAAUUAGUAUUUUGAAUAAUUGGGAAUGAUGCCCAUGUUAACACAUCACAUUCAUAGAUAGAUUUUUGUUACCUUGACAUCAACAUCACCUUAUAGGCAGAGGAUAAUUAUAGUACAGGAGAGGUAUAACAUUGAGGGAUAAAAAACAGGAUACUAUGGAUCACCUAAUCAAAAUUACAUUCCAUAUGCAGUUUUAGAAAUGGCUAUACAUCCUUUGCAUCACUACUGAUAAUGAAUAAUUUCGUUUUGCAUAAAAAAAUAUUUUUUAUGUGAGAAAUAUAACUGUUACAUGUA